AUGAGCACAGCAAAUUUGGUUAAUUAUGGGCCGCAAAUUGUUUUCCAGUAUUGCCACCCUGCUUGCAUUGGGAAGGCUUGAGGAUUGCCUCCAAUAUGUCAACAAGCAACUUGAGGAGGUGACUUCCAAUCCAGAGCUCUACAUCCUUCGGGCGAGACUGCAAGACCACUUUUUCAAUGUGGUUAGUUGUUACCGGGAUGUCAGUCAUGCUCUGACCAUGGAUCCCUCCCAUCCAGAGGCAGUAUCAUUAAUGAGUACACUGAGGCAAAGAGCUGAAGAGGCAAAAGCUCGAGCAGUGAACAAGGCUCUGGAAGGCAAUAUGAAGGGUGCACUCCAUUUCAUUAACAAGGCAAUAGACAAUAAUCCCAUUGAACUUGACUAUUACAUUUUCAGGGGGACCCUGUGUAGAAGAGUCAAGAACUUUAAUGCAGCCAUUGAUGACUACCUGCAUGUCUUGGAUAAAGUAAGCAACAUGAAGCAAAGUGAGACCUACCUGGAGACUCAGAGACAGCUCCUUCUGACCUACAAUGAUUUUGCCGUGCACUGCUACCAUAAAGGGUUUUAUGAGGAGGCGAUCCUUCUUUUAAACCAGAGUAUUAAGGAAGAGAAGCAGGAAAAAGGACUGUACAUUAACCGUGGGGAUUGUUUCCUCAAGCAAUGUAAUCUGGACUUUGCACUGUUAGAUUAUGAACAAGCUCAGGAGUUGGAUCCUGAGGACUGGCGCAUUCAGAUUCGGAUUGCGGCAAUAAACAAUGAGAAGGGACUUUUGGACCACCAGAAUAGGUAA